GGUGGUGGCAUUCGAUGCUGUCGCUGAGAGGAAAAUGCUACGAAAUCCGCAGGAGGGGCGCUUUAAAAAUCCGAAGAGCCGGCUGCGAGGUGUGCGCGCCUGAUGUGUAUUUUUUUUUUGCUCUUCUGAAUCUCUGCCGGUUUUCUAGCGAGGCUAGCACGGCUCCACGCGGGGAGCAGAAGCAAGUAAACAAUUCUCAGCGAGUGGAGCUUCAGAGGGGCCAAGUUUGAGGCUUCACUUUUUCAUUUCUCACUCCUACGCGGACGAAGAAACAGUUAUUUAUUAAGAGUAACUUAAGGCUGCUAUGGAGACAUCUUCGGCGUAACUGCCAGUGUGAAGAAAACGCCACUGCUUUCGGCUUUUCGGCUUCAUAUAAACUUUUUGUUCUGUUUCCAUGAUUCGUUUGUUUCGGACUUGCCGGUAUAUAGAGGGAUGUGAAAGAUAACGAAAGAAAGAAAAAAGAAAGAAAGAUGAAGACGUGAAGAAGAAGACAUCGAGAUUAAAUCGACACAAUAGCUCACUUCUGCUGCAUAUUGAUCUUCUUGCUCGGGACUCGUUUUUGCCAGUUGCCUUCAUUUCACAAAUACUUUGCCGACUUUUCUUUAAGCAAUCAACUGAAAACUUCACAACUGUUUUAAAGUCAUGUUGGUCAAGGAGUACAGGAUCUGCAUGCCUCUGACAGUAGAGGAGUACAGAAUAGGUCAACUGUAUACUAUCAGCAAACAUAGCCAUGAGGAGAGUGACAAAGGUGAAGGUGUGGAAGUCGUGAGAAAUGAACCUCAUAUAGAUCCUGUACAUGGAGAGGGACAGUUUACAGAGAAAAGAGUCCAUCUGUCCAGUAAGCUUCCCAGUUGGGCGAGAGCUGUUGUACCCAGAAUAUUUUAUAUCACAGAGAAAGCCUGGAAUUACUACCCCUAUACCAUAACAGAGUAUACGUGUUCUUUUUUGCCAAAGUUUUCCAUUCAUAUAGAAACUAAAUAUGAAGAUAAUUGUGGGGAUAAUGAAAAUAUUUUUAGCAUAGAUAAGAAUAACUCUGAACCAGAAGUGUGCUUUCUAGACAUUGCAUACGAUGACAUCCCUGAUCGGCAUUAUAAAAGUUCAGAGGAUCUCCGAUGCUUUGCUUCUGUGAAGACAGGACGGGGUCCUCUUGUGGAGGGCUGGAGGGAGACAUGCAAACCUAUCAUGUGCUCCUACAAACUGGUGUGUGUCAAAUUUGAGGUCUGGGGCCUUCAAAGCAGGGUGGAGCAAUUUGUUCAUAAGGUUAUCAGGGAUAUCUUGUUGAUAGGACACCGACAAGCCUUCGCCUGGGUGGAUGAGUGGUGUAAUAUGUCAAUGGAAGAGGUGCGGGAGUAUGAAAGACAUACACAGCAGGCCACCAAUGAAAAGAUCGGCGUAGUCACCCCUACUAUUUCAAUCAGCGAGGUGAGCAAGCCGUCGACGACCCGCAGUGCCCCCACAAGCACGCCCUCCACGCCCGUGAACGGAGAUCCACCCGAGUUCCUCAAUGUACCCAAAGACAGACCACGCAAGAAGUCGGCCCCUGAGACACUUACUCUUCCAGAGCUGAGGGAAUGUGCUCUCCCCAAAUAGUAUUCAGCCAGUGUGGACUUCAACAUCAUUUUCUUUCACGCUGAUUUUUGUAUUUUUGAAGCUAAAAGAAAAGUGGGAAAAGUAAAAGACUUGACGCGGGUGAAAGAGUCUCCCAAACUUCAGAAUCUUGUUUUUAUGCCUUGAGGUAUUUUAGGAUCCUGAGUGGAGUCCAUGCUUUCAAGAUCCCUAACAUUAAACAAACCAUCAACACUUGGACUUGGGAAUGGGUGGGGAGACCUGGAGGUCCGCGUUCUCUGAAGUAACAUGCCGUGAGUAGGACUAUGGAAGUCGCUUGGU